GCAGGGUGUCGGAGAUUAAUGGAUAGGUACCUGAUUGUAUAAGCAGUGAACAUGAUGAACUUUUAAUAAUCUGUCAAUCCCCUGAAUCCUGAUUGAAGUUUACAUCCUGAGGUAAGCAGUAGUGUUAGUGCACCUUGUGUGUAUGUGACAUAUUUGACAGCAAGCCCUCUACCUUUUUUUCAGGUGGUGUGUGGUUGCCUGGCUGUCAUUAUAUAGCUGGUGGCUGAGUGGUUACUGUGCAGAUGUGGUGAUCCUGGAGUCUAUAGUUCAAGUCCUGCCACUGCUUGCUGAUUAUUUUCAUCAGUUGGUGAGUGGCCAAAGGCUACCCACAUUCUGUGUGUGUCCCUAAAUCAGCACUAACCUCAGCGACUUCCAUCAAGGGCAGCACCGAGGGCAGCAUCAGACAAGUUCGAGGUUAUCUUACAUCACUGUAAUGAAGUUCAUAAUGAACUGGGAUCAACCACAAGGGCCCUUCAGGAGAGCCUACACGUGCCAUAGGCCAAGGCACGAGGGAAAAGAUGAUAAAACUUCCGGAAACAGUCGGAAGAGAAACUCAAGUACCCAGGCCUGUGUAGAGAAUGGUUGUGAGUGUAUGUGCGUGAGUGGCUGCCUGACUUGCUGCCGCUGCCCCUCUGCCGGACAUUGUCAGCAGAGCAACUUUGUGUCCUGACCUGUGUGCAGACUGUGGACACUGUCAGGAGAGCAACUGGGUGUCCUGGCCUGGGUGCAGACAGUGGAUGCAGUCAAGAGGGAAACUUCAGUGUCCUGGCCUGUGUGCAGCCUGGCAAGUGAUGCAGUUAAGAUUUUGUGGACACUGUCGGGAGAGCAACUGGGUGCCCUGGCCUGGGAGAAGACUGGGGUGGUGUGUGGUUGCCUGGCUGUCAUUAUAUAGCUGGUGGCUGAGUGGUUACUGUGCAGAUGUGGUGAUCCUGGAGUCUAUAGUUCAAGUCCUGCCACUGCUUGCUGAUUAUUUUCAUCAGUUGGUGAGUGGCCAAAGGCUACCCACAUUCUGUGUGUGUCCCUAAAUCAGCACUAACCUCAGCGACUUCCAUCAAGGGCAGCACCGAGGGCAACAUCAGACAAGUUCGAGGUUAUCUUACAUCACUGUAAUGAAGUUCAUAAUGAACUGGGAUCAACCACAAGGGCCCUUCAGGAGAGCGUACACGUGCCAUAGGCCAAGGCACGAGGGAAAAGAUGAUCAAACUUCCGGAAACAGUCGGAAGAGAAACUCAAGUACCCUGGCCUGUGUAGAGACUGGUUGUGAGUGUAUGUGCGUGAGUGGCUGCCUGACUUGCUGCCGCUGCCCCUCUGCCGGACAUUGUCAGCAGAGCAACUUUGUGUCCUGGCCUGUGUGCAGACUGUGGACACUGUCAGGAGAGCAACUGGGUGUCCUGGCCUGGGUGCAGACAGUGGAUGCAGUCAAGAGGGAAACUUCAGUGUCCUGGCCUGUGUGCAGCCUGGCAAGUGAUGCAGUUAAGAUUUUGUGCUGCCUUUUGCAGGACACUGUCGGGAGAGCAACUGGGUGCCCUGGCCUGGGAGAAGACUGGGGACUUUGUCAGCAGAGCAACUUUGUGUCCUGGCCUGUGUGCAGACUGUGGACACUGUCAGGAGAGCAACUGGGUGUCCUGGCCUGGGUGCAGACAGUGGAUGCAGUCAAGAGGGAAACUUCAGUGUCCUGGCCUGUGUGCAGCCUGGCAAGUGAUGCAGUUAAGAUUUUGUGGACACAGUCAAGAGACCAGCUUGGGUAUCCUGGCAUGUGUUGAGGCUUUGGUAAGUGAAGAAUUGAGAGAGUUCUUUUAAGGGUUGAGUAGGUUGAGAAGUAUUGUCAGAGCAGGCACAACAGACAGAGGGGUGAAGAAUGGUUGGAAUGGCCUUUGUCCUGCUAUGAUCUAGUAAUUGAGAUUAUGUAUUUUUUGUUAUUCUGGACAAAUGUAGAAGUUAAAAUUAUGUAGUAGGUAGCACUGUAGAAGAACCUUGUAAAAGUAGAUGUAUAUUCAUACAGGAAGAUCUUAGAAUUAUGUAGCAGGUAGUUCUGUAUUCACAUAGGAAGAAGUAUUGUGGCAGAUGUAACUAAUGUAUGUGAUUCCUCCAUGAUAAGUGAUAAAGUCAUAAGUUUGAGGCUGGUAGCAUUAAUUAGUGUGCUCCUGUGAUAAGUGAAAAAAGUCAUAAUUUUGAGGCUGGUAGAAUGAAUUGGUGUGAUCCUUCUGUGAUAAGUGAAAAAGUCAUAAUUUUGAGGCAGGCAGUGCAUGCAUACAGUUCCUUGGGUGAACAAAAUAGUUAACUUUGUGCUAGAUAGAGAAAUAAGGAAAGAGUUUGGCUUCAAAACAAACAAGUGUUAAAAGAAAGGACCUACUUGAGGCAUAUAUAUAUAUAUAUAUAUAUAUAUAUAUAUAUAUAUAUAUAUAUAUAUAUAUAUAUAUAUAUAUAUAUAUAUAUAUAUAUAUAUAUAUAUAUAUAUAUAUUGUGACACAUAAAGUGAUUAUCAUUAAACUACUGAUAGCUAUGCUCUUGACUUUCCCUGACCAUGGUUGUGUUAGCAGGGAGAAGUCCUGCAGGCCUGUGAAGAUGGUGGUAAGUGAGGGAAUGUGUGAUUAUGUAUGCCAUCCCCACUGACCCACGUGCCUGCAGACAGUGAUGGCCAUCAUUGAUUCAAUCAAAGCUGCCACAGUCUGCUCAGCCAGGCAUUGUUGAUUUAAUCAGACUUGUGAGCCACUAAUUUUGAAUGUUCUGCAUCAGUUUUGUAAGUUCCGUGACGUGGCAUGCAGCGUAUGACCCUCAUGGAUGUGGGAUAAUGUCGUUGGUCCUAAGUUAGUUGCUAUGAAAGCCACACCAAGCACUUGUUGAGAAAAUACAGGAAAACAGUGACAAGGUGGGAAGAAAUAAUGGGACCAAUAGUACAAUGACAGCAGUAGUGAUUGAUGUCAACAUCUAUACUGCACUCGUUUAGCACCACACUCUUCCUCAUCUCCCCACAAUCAUCUUGAUUGUGUUCCAAUAUUUUGUCUCCACGUCCCGAUUUAUCUCCCACUCAAACAUUGUCCCCUCAUCACCAUUACCUGGGCCUUUGUCACAAUCCCUCUAAAAAUUUUCACCAUUCCCUUCCAGUUCUGAGGAGGGCUAAAAGUGAGUAAAGUAUAUAUAUGUUAUCUAAAUGAUUUCACUGGAAAAAACAAUUCAUGGAGACAUUCAAUCAUUAGAAGGAAAGAGAAGUGAAGUUAUUCGGUACUUGCCCUCCACCCCCUCCCCCCUUCGCCAGCCUUUGUUGACUGCAGCGCAUCCCUGGCUGAGUUCCCCUCUACAUUGCCCGUAGUAAUAUUUCGUGCCGGCAGCUCACACCCUAGCUAUAGUAACAUAAUUUGGAUUUCACCACAGUUCAGUGAGUUAAGACGUUUCAUAAAAUAUGAAUAAGCAAACCAAAAAUAGCAUUUUUUAUGCAUGUUGUUUCAAAAACAUUCUGAAAACAACACCUGUCGUUUGUGUUGAAAGGAUAUGUGACCAUUCUAAUAAGUAUUCCAGACAAAAUGGUUCUUACAUUGUUCAUAGUGGACAGGAAGAGAUAAACAUAAAAGAGAGAGAGAGCGCAUCACUGGUUUGGGAGACAUGGCAGUGCUGGACCUGGGUGUUGCUCCGUCUUGACCGCACCCCAGCCCUCAUUCAAGAGUGAUGCUGCCAUACUGUAAGAACAGUCGUUCACAGCCACGAUGACGUGGAUGAAUGGACUAUUUUGUGUGUUGCAAAUAUUAGUUCCAGACUAUCAAAAGCUUGCUACAUGUCUAAGGCAACAGUAAAAGUUUCACUGAAAUGGCUAAAAGAAAUGAUGACCAGGAGUCAGAAAAGCAAGAAAAUCACCAGUAGACCACCCCUUGUGAAACCACUACUGGUAUUCAGAGUAGGUGAAAAAGUGGUGGCCGAGUGGUUAGCGUGCGGGCCCUGCAUUCGCCAUGUUCUGGACGACACGGGUUCAAAUCCAUCGCUACCAGAUGCUGUCCUGAAGACCACCUAUCAACCCAGACUAAAAGAACCGUCCAGGUCAUUUAAUAAUGAGCUCUGAGGGGGAGCAUAAGCCAAGAAUACAUGGUGCCACUAUAAACACUUGCAUGCACCAUGAUGGGCUUGGGCCGACCACCAGGCCCCUGAAGAAAGCCUACCGACACUAUAGGCUAGCUGCUAGCACGUAAAAAAGAAAAGAAAAAAAGUCGAGUUCAUAAUAGAUGUUUUAAGAACUUUCCUGUUGAGGAUUGAGUAAAGGGCGGUAGUUUAAGGGAUUGGAACGUCACCCUUCUCGGGCGCUGGUGGCGAGUAGGCUAAUUUCCAGCAGGCUUGCAGUGUCCUUCGCCUUUGGGAGUGGCUUACGCCCGUUUCGGUAGGUCUUUCUCCCUCACCAAGAUUUUGACUUCAAGGUUUCAUGUCACGAUCAAGAUAAUUUCUGUGUUGCAGAUCGAUUUUGGCACUCCAUUUAGCCAGUCGUUCAAAGUGCCACCAGUUGUGGGGGGAUAAUGGUUGUUAAUGAUCUACGUUAAAUGGUAUAGAGAGGGAGGUGAGGGAGCUGUGUGAGUGGUGGGGUUGGUAUUUGUGGAUGACUAUAGUUGGGUAUGUUAUCCAACUCUUCUUUCUCUGCUUCCCCCAUCAACUGCGUAUAGUUGUUACCUAUUCAUAAAGAAGGGGAAAAGCGGCGACCCAGGAAUCUGCAGACUAUCGCCGGAGCAGAGACGUGGAGCUAAUGCAUAAAAAAAAAACGCUUGUCUUGUGCGUUUAACCCUGGAAAAAAACUUUAUUUUCAUGAAACAAACACAAACCUUUGGUGUCUCAGACACAUUUUUAAGAAAAUCAAAACAGACAAAACCUUGCAAUUUAUUCAAAUUUAUAAAAUACAGUGAAACAACAACUCUUCCUCUAUUUAUCACCACUUCUUACUUAGCUAGAUGAACACUUAAUACUAAUAAAUUGAAUUUAGUAAAUAAACAGAAAAUUGAAUUUUUAAACACAUGAUCACGAACUUGUGAAAACCUUGUGAACCUGUGAAAAUAUUAGGUUUGUAUACCUGUAAAGAAAAAACAAAACACCAUUAUUACACAACGACAAACGUUGGGCGUAUUAGACCCGUGAAAAAAAAAGUUUACGUGGGCACAAACGUCAGGCGUGCUGGACCCAAAAUAGGCCUAGUCACCAGAUAAAUAACGAGAGCGGACGCACACUACCUCUUGAGACGACCAACACUGUUGUGACGUGAUCAAGUUUCUCGCGGGUGUGAUGGACCCAACGUUUGUUUUCUAGGGUUAAUUAUACUCUUGCACACGUGAAAGCUGAUAACGCGAAAGGCUACGGGUGCCUGUGAUCAAGCGUGCCUUAAUGGACCGUAUUGGCUUUCCGUGCAGUGCCGCACUCGGAGACUUGAGGAAACAACGAAAGUACAAUUUUGACUUAACUCGGUUCCUCUUUUCUAUUUUGGAAAAAAAUAAUACUGGUUGUCCUUUGGAGCCAAAUGUAAAAACGUGGUAUCUGCUGGUAAGAAAAAAAAUGUACUUACCCUUUGCUGGUAAAGUUUUAAGGUUUGUGUCUGUGUGUGGUGUGUAUGACCACUGAGGGGCGAAUGUGCCGCGGGCCGCAGCCUCUUCCUGAGCCGCCCAAAACAGGGAAAACACAGUGGGAAGUUUUGCAUUUUCCUUAUUUUGCUCUUCAGCAGCUUAAGAAUGAUUUAAUUUCCUGUUAAAUAAUUGUUAGUUUAAGUACCUGUAGCUAUUUUCACUUCUGGUCUCAAGAUAAGUGAUUUAGAGAUGCCUUCUCGUUGGAGGCAGCACUGAAUACCGAAACCAUUGUAAACAAAGUCUCCCCGGCCGGGCGCUGCUCCUCUCUCUCGACCCUCUAGAGUUGCCCUCGGCGCCUUCAGGUCAUCUCCCACCCUGGCCCUGCAGACAGAGGCAGGCCUUCCUUCACUAGACCACAGGCGCAACACCAAGACGGUCACCACCUAUCACAGUGACAACCUCUCCUCGCUCCUUGCCAGUCCAUCCCAAGACGGACGUGACCCGCUCCCUGACACCCCAAACAUAGCGCCACUGUCCGUGGUGCCCCACACAACCUGACACACAAACAAAUAAGGGAAGCCUGACACCAGAACACUUCAUGCUGCACUGUCCGAGAUUUCACUCUCUUUACUCCCUGGCCUUCACUCCCUUCCCACCCUUCCCACAAACAAAGUGACUGUGAAAGCAGUCCUCAGUACAUAUGGUAGCAAUAUAAAUACAAUAAAGCUUGUGGUUACACAUUGAAGCCCUUACUGUGUCUCACCACUUUUAAACAUGUAUUGGCUAAUCUUGAAGUAACGGCUGCCAUCUCGCUUAAGGUUAACACUGACUUUGUGUUGUAUUUAAUUUCUCUUUGAGUGCACUGGUUUUAUUAAUGCGUCUGUACUGCAGCGACUUGCCUGAUGGGUGAGCCUCCCAUACAUCACUCGGUGAGUGGGGGUACUUCUUUAAGAUGGGCGACUGGUUAAGGAGUGGCUCUCCCACCUUGCUGGUUGCGGUUCGAUCCCUGGCGCCGGCAAAACCUUUCCUUGUCUGGAUUAAUUUCUCGUGUGUUUCGUUACACGCAGAAGUCAUGUUGGAGUGUAGUAAAGAGUAAAUUCUGGCAUUUCAGGUCAAUAUCUCGUCCCCUACUCAACCGUCAUAUCUGUAUCCUAGUAACCUUCAGACCUCCCAGAAAUCAAUGGAAAAGAUUUUAGAAAUUAAAACAAAUGUGAAAGACCGGAAUAUGCUUGGGAACUCGCAUUGCCACGGGUGGUGCAAACCCGUGGCUCACCACUGUAGCUUACUCUGCUGCUGGUGAAAUUGAUGUACUGCAUAUUUAUCAUUGAAAAUAAACUUGCCAGGUCUAAACUAACCUAACCUGACCUAACGUACCUAUGGGCUUUGUCGCCCACGGCCACAUGGAUUCCCGCUCACAUUUUGUGGCUGUUUUCACAGCUGUUUUGAUCUCUUCACUCUUUCCCAGUGAUUUCUGGGAGGUUUGAAGAUACAUGUACAAUUCAUAUAUAUGACAAUAAAAAUAGUAGUUUAUCAAGUAGAAGAUGAGAUAUCAGCACAUCAGGUUAGGUUAGGUUAGAUCUAGUUGGGUUAGGUUAGUUUAGAUUUAUUUCGUUAACUUUAAUUGAUUACCAUAGAUAUGUGCGAUUUACUUCACACUGUGCCUUUGUUAUCAAUGAGGGGAAUAUGGAGUGCAUAUAUAUUUUUCAUAAACGAACUUAACAAAUCUCUACUAAUCUAAUUUUACGUUCCCAACUCAAUAUAACCCUCGAGGUUGGAAUAUGUUACAUAGGUAUAAAUUAUGAGUAGCUCAUAUUUUAAGUAGUCAUUACCCUUAUUUGUUUAAAUUAUAUGACUGAUUGAGGUUGCAUACUUUUUGGAACUAGUACACAUUGAUUAUGUUGCUAGUGGACCACAUAAGCUUUAUGUAAAUGGAUAUUACGCUCUUUUCCAGUUAUUUUACUGCUGCUGGAUAUGUCAUAAUAAACUGAAAAAUAU